CCUAAUUGUUGUGAUAAACUUAUUAAAUAGAUAACCAUGUCCGUUUGGCAGCAUUAACUAGUCGUAUUGCAAUCACUCUAAGUGCAAUUUCUAACUAAAGGGAAGAAGUCAACGAUUGUACGGAGGAAUGAUGGAUGAAGACUACGAUGACCCAUAUCUGCGUGAGUCAUACAAGCACUACACUCAGGAGUUGCUGCAUGACCAGAGUAUGAGUAGCCAGCUGACCAACAAGUACUGGACUGCGAAGUCGUUCGUGAAAAAGCUGAAGAAAAAGGAAGAUCAGAGUGUAGUGGCAGCAGACUCUGAUCUUGACGCCAAACUGGAGUUCUUCCGAUCAGUUCAAGAAACCACCCAGAAGCUGGUGUUCUGCAUAGAAAGAUAUCAAGAUGCAAUCAUGGCACUGUCACAAGAAGAAAACAAACUGGGGCGAUUUCUGAAAGAGCAGUCGCAAGUAGACAAGAGUCCCGCUGGCAAGAUGAUGAGCGCGAUAGGAAAACAACUUAGCCAGACCAGCCAGCAGAGACUGUCUUGUAGAGUUCCUCUGGUCAGACUUUAUGGAGAUCUGGACACCUUCAGGAACCGUGCAAUCUCAGAUACGAAUUUGAACGUGCAAAAAAUGGAGGCCCUGAGACUAGAGUACAGGGGGACGCUUAUGAGAAUGAAAGAUGUCUCGGAGGAAUUGAACCCAGACGCAUACAGACAAUUAGAGAGAUUUCGCAAGGUGCAAGCACAAGUAAAAAUCAAUCGAGACAAAUUCGAGCGUCACAAAUAUGCAGUGUGUCAAAAGAUAGACCUUCUUGGAGCUAGUAGGUGCAAUCUGCUCUCUCAUGACUUGGAGGUGUACCAUCAGAACAUGCUAGCCUUUUGGCAGAGGACAGCCAAGGAAAUGAGUGAAAUUUGCGAGCAGUUUAAAGGACAUCAACACUACGAGUGGAGCAUGCUCAAGGAGUUAAAUGAGCCAGCCCUGAAAUUGCAUGAGCAACUGGAACAGAACAUGAAAGUGGCAAACAAAUCAGACGAAAGUCAAAGCGAUAAAACUGCACAUAGAGACGACACCAAACAAUCAGAAGACGACAAGUUGAUAUCAUGGGAUGACCAUCCUUCUGGACAGGACAGUGGUGAAAAGUAUUUCCACAGUGACACAGCGGCAGGAAACCAUACUCUGCCGUCAUCUUCUCAAAUGCAUGCUCAUAAUCAUUCAGCCGAUCAGAAUUCCUCUGGAGGAGGGGCUCUUCUCAUGCAGCAGGCGGAAGAGGACGUUGACCUCUUAUCUGACUUCGGCCACAAACAUCAACCAGUCCCAAUGCAAAACUUUGAUCCCAGUCAGCGGUUUGCUUCUCACAUGGGAAUAAAUUCUCCCACUCCGAGUAGAGAUGAAAACUUCUUUGACGACGUGGAGAACUCCGAUUUCUUCAACGAUCUCAUGAAUCCAAGUGAAUCGAACGAUAAUGUCAAUAGUGACUGGACUAAAAUGUGGGCACAGCAAGGCGCACAGAGUAGCAGUCGAAAGGAGCCCCCGAUGCAGUCUAGCAUGUUCUCAGCCUCAGAACACUUCGGUCUCUUCUCUGACGUCUCCUCGGGUCAAACCCAGCCAGGAGCCGAAUCAGGAACACAGGGAAGCAGCAAUAGCAGCUCCUUCCUCCCUUCGCAAUUAAUGGACUUAUCCAACCUAGACAAUUUCGAGUCGAUGCUAGCAGCCGCCCCACCAUUCAAUGCCCAGACGACCCAGAGUGGCAAUUCUAACCCAUUCCAACAACCAGUAUCCCAAGGUAGUAUCUUGGGAGGUAGUUCAUUCAUACCUGGAUCUUCAGACGGUGGAAUUGGAGGAGGCGUUCCUGGGAUGUCACAGGGAUCAACAGGCUUGUCAUCAAUGAACCAAUCAGCACGUCAAUCCAAGCAAAAACAAGAUAAAUCCAAAGCAAAAGCGGACAUGUCAGCUUGGUUCAACUUGUUCGCUGACCUUGACCCCCUUGGCAACCCAGAUGCUGUCGGAAAUAAAGAUCAGCAAGCAGACAAAAUCGGAAUCUAAUUGAUAUAGUUAUCUCAUUGUGUUGCUUUGUUUUAGUUAAUUUGCGGUGCUGAUUCACGAAUUUAAAGCUUGAUUAAAACUAUUAGUCGUAAAGCAUAAAAUUUCUUAAUUUCAAAUAAGUGUCAUAUAUUUGUAUGUAUUGUUUGGGGAUGUGUGUGCUUUCCAAAUUGAGUGAGAGAGCUUUCACACUAAGAACAGACAAUCUAUCGUUGUCAGGUUGGAAAAGCAAAUAGUGUAAAGUGAAGACUGGUCGAUACCUCGUACCAUUUACGUUGUAUUAGGCAGUUAUCAAAGGUCAUAUUUAUAUCUUCGAACAGCCCUGAAUGAAUAAUAAGACUGACAUCCUACCGGGUACAAAACUUUAUUUUAAGAGAUCGAUGCAAUUUGCAGCAAUGGCCAAAAUUGAUUAAAAAAAUUCUCCUGAAAAGACAACAACUGAAUAUCAUUCAUCAGCUUGAUAUGAAAAUAAAUGUCAUUGGAGCAAAAAAAACUGAAAAAGCAUCUAAUUGACAAAAAAUUACACAGUCAAUGCCCAGAGAGUCUUAGCGCGAUAUGUCGCUUCAGUUACCUCCAAAUAAACCUUGAAAAUAUUGGUAGCUACGCGUCUAUUGAAAAUCAACUGAUAGCAUGGCCAUGACAACCGCCUUUAUCGCAACAUUCCGACAUUCGGAUACAAGUUUUUUGUUUGAAAAUAUUUGAAUAUCGAUGAAAGAACAUGGAUAACUUCUUUAUCAGAAUAUCGAUACUGCUCUUUUAAUGAGGAUAAUGAACACUGGACAAAGCAAUUUUUGCGUCUACUUGAACGGUUUCUGAAAAAGUUAUAGGCUAUUUUGGGCGUUUUCGAUUAAGGU